AUGCCCCUUGGACGCCUGCCCUGCCCUCCCACCAGGUACAGUCAUAUCUCGAUUUGCUUCGCACCCAGGGCAUCAGAGACAAUGGAAUCUCCUUUGCGUGCCCAAGCUCCCCCGCGUGGCACUCCGUGUGCGCCCGCGCGUGGCUGGCAGACACUGGCGUUGGGCGCUCUGUUCGUACGCACCAUGCGGCGCUACCAUGUCAGCCCGAGCGAGGCUGAUUGA